CCCUGGCUUGUCUGGUUCCCCUGUCCCUUGAGGACCGGGGUGCCUGAGAGCACUUCUGGGAAGCUUGUGCUCCUGCCCCAGCCCCCUUGGCCAGCCUCCUCGGGGCCUGGAGGGAUGUGCUUGGUUAGAGUGUUGGGGUGGGGCAGGUCUAGGCCCAAGUGACUGUGCUGUGCUUUGGAGGCAAGCAGUAAGGGGCGGCCCGAGGGAAGUAUGUCACCAGAUCAUAUCCUGGACCGAAAGUCCUUCAGUGAGUAUAUUGGUGUGGACAUGGUUGAGGAAACAGGGGUGUGAGCUGCUCUGGGGCCUUCUGGCCCCACACCGUGGCCCUCCCCUUACCUCUGGGUUCUGAUGUCCCCCAAUGGGUAGGCUUCCUCUGGUGGGCCUGUGCUUUGGGCCUGAGAGCCAUCACUGUUGGGAGGCAGUAGCCCAGGACAGCUGUGCCUACUGCGCCCACUCUGUCAUGGGACUAACGCACUGCUGGGUAGCCUUCUGCUUCAUGUACACCCGCCUUGGCAUGAGCUCUGCUCCGUACACUCUCAGUCACAUGAAAUCAUGUUUGCCCCAGGCUCCACAGAAGGCCGAUGAUGAUCCGUAAGAGAGGAUCCCGGUUGCACUCCUGCCCACCACCAGGUGCCCUGUGGGGACAGUGAGCCUCUGCUGGUUGGGUGUGUAUGCUCCCUUCUUAUCUCAAGGAGGAGAGUGGGGGUUCAUCCAGAGCACCUGUGUGCUCAGUGCUAGCCAGACCCCGGGAUGGUUCUGCAUAGACACCAGGCUGCACCUCCAUGCUGAUCUGCGAAAUGCACCCUGAAAUAAACAGGCUUUUCCUGUCCAGUCCUUUCUCCCAAGAGUCCAUAAGGUUACCCUCUACAGUGGGCACCUUACCCUUGCCCCAUCCUGGACCUGAUUUCCUUAGCUUGGCUCCUUUCCCGUCCCUUAGUAUUUUGCCUGGACCCUGGCUUCCUGUGCAGUGGGAGGCCCCAGGCCACAGCUCUCCAUUCUCUCCCCUCCAUCUCUGCUGUUCCCACAUUUCAAAGCCUCCUGCUGCCCACCUGUGAUCCGGUUCAGGGCACCCUUGCUGUGAGGGCACAGGGCCACGGUGGAUGUCUGUAUCUUUUCCCUUUCAAGGAUAUCACCUUCUCCAGAAUGGAGAGAUGAAUAUGCUCUCGACAUCUUUUAGUUUCUCCGUAGAGGGUCCUGGGUACUCUGGGGCCAUAUAUAGGGUUCUGUGUGGUAUGGCCAGUGCAUCCCAACGGGCAUCCUGUGUGCCACCCCUGUGUGCCAGCAGCUCAGAAAAGGUCUGGGGAGGUGCAUUUAGGGCCAUGUAGGUCCCAGGGAAAGAGGCACCCUGGGGUCCAGGGAGAGGAAAGGCUGCAGCAGGAACAGGCUGUGCCACCAGGCAGGCCUGGCUGGGACCUUGGUCCCUGUGCCUGUGACAGCACAGAGCAAUCUGGGCUUGAGAAACUAGAGAGUGGGAUGUGGACACUCUAUAGGGAUCAGCAGGUGUCCUCAGAGAGCUCUGUGGGCUGCAGAACUAGCCUUGUGAGAAAAAGGCUUCUGUAUGCACCCCGGGAACUACCUGGGGCAUGCCAAGGCCACCCGCUUCUUUUGUGAGACCCACUGGGCUAGUGCACUGUGGGAAUUGCUGUCACCAGCAUAUAUGAGUGGGGAACGAGAGAAGAGAGUCUUGCUAGAGUUAGAAACAAGGUUCAGCCCCCAGAGAUAGUCUGAGGGUGCAGGGCCGGAGGAGUUGCCUUGGUAUUUUGAGUUGGGGGUGACAAUGUGGUGGGGGGUGGUAAACCGUUUAGAACAGGGCAAACGUUGGUAAGUCUACAGGGACCCUCAGGAGAUUGGCUGUACACACUGCCUUGACCCUGGUGGUGUGUGAUCCUGGUCUGUGGGUUAAAUGAUUCUUCUGAGAAAUGAAAGAGACCGACAGCAGACUCCCACCAGUGUGAAAGGCUGAGGAGGGGCAGGCAGGUGACCUGGGAGGCCAAGGGAAGAAGUGGCGACAGGCAGUUGUGAUCACUGGGCCCAAGGGUAUCCUGAAGGACCCGGUGUGCUCCCUCCUGACGUCUGGGACCCUGUGCAGCAUGGGUGUUGUGGAAUGGGGUCACCUUCGUGUGUGAUACAGUUUAGUAGAGUAGGAAUGUGUCUGCUUCUGGUUACCAGCCCCCGAGGAUGGCGCCGGUCCCCAGUGCAGACAGCAAAGGCCUGCUUUUCAGUGGGGCCCUGGCCCCACUCUGUGGUCUCCCUCCCCCUUGAGGCUGCUGCUUGUCUGGAAGCUGGGGGUGAGACUCAGCCUAGAGCUUUCUUGCUGGUGGAGGAGGUCUCCGAUAAGGGCGAUCCCUGCUUCUUCCUUGAAGUCAAGCCUGGAGCUGGAGCGGACACUUAACCUCUUUUGCCCGAAUAACCUGGAAGGGAUAAAGUAUAAAAAAAAAAAAAAAAAAAAAAAAAAGUUCAUAGCAGAAGCACACGGGAGCAGCAGGUGCCUUGUGCCAACCCCUUCACCUGACUGCACCCUGGCUUGACAACAGAACACAGAGGGCAGUGCUGGCGGCUGUUUGUGUGUUCUGGAUGGAAGCUGCAGCAUGCGCGGCAAGUCCACGUGUGGGUGCACGUGGGUACCCACGUUUUUACAGGAAGUGGUAGAGACAUUGCAGCAGACCAUUUUGCAGAUACAGAAAUGCUCCAAGAAGACAUUUGGCAGCACCCAAAGAUGCACACCCGAGAGGAGAGCUGUUUGGCUUUGGCCUCACCGAAGACUUAGAAAUAAAUGGCCCCGGGAGCCUUUGCUGCCAGCCAAGGCGCAAGCUGCCUGCCUGCUCUGGCCGCAGAGGAGCCGGAGGCUGCGGGAGUCUGGGGCUCAGUCUGUGUCCUGGUCACGGUUCUGUUGCUGUGAAGAGACACCAUGGUCGAGGCAACUCUUACAGAAGGAAGCAUUGGCCUGGAGUCUUGCUUACGGUUUCAGAGGUGAGAGGCCCUUCGCCUGCAGCUGGCAGGAAUGCAACAAGAAGUUCGCGCGCUCGGACGAGCUGGCGCGGCACUACCGCACGCACACGGGCGAGAAGAAGUUCAGCUGCCCCAUCUGCGAGAAGCGCUUCAUGCGGAGCGACCACCUGACGAAGCACGCCCGCCGCCACGCCAACUUCCACCCGGGCAUGCUGCAGCGGCGCGGCGGGGGCUCGCGGACCGGCUCGCUCAGCGACUACAGCCGCUCGGAUGCCAGCAGCCCCACCAUCAGCCCGGCCAGCUCGCCCUGAGCGCCCGCCCGCCCGCGCCUGGACCGCGCCUCGCCCCCUCGGUAAUAGGAAAGCUGAGCGAACUUGAGAAGUCCACAGCAAAACACUUUUCUUCACCUCAGGUGUCAAUUUUUAACAAAAAAAAAAAAAUUUGUUUUUUCAAAAAAAAAAAUAUAUACACGACCCACAAAUUGCACAAUAGAGCUAUCCACGAAGUUGAGAUUCAGCGGUGUUGAAACCCCCCCUUUCUCAGGGAUGGACGCGGUCCACGAGGUCAGUGAGGGCACGUCUUUCUGCCGCCUUACUCUGUACAUAGAUUUGCACUCUGGAGUUUUCUGUGAGGUUGGGGAUCACUGGGGCAGAACAGGCCAGCUGGGAACAGAUGCGGCCACUGACAUUGUGCUUUUCCAGCAGAUCCCCCCCCCCAAAGGCCUGUACCCCUCUUCCUGCUGACCACUCAGUUGCUGUCCUCUGCCCCUUGGCCUGGCUCAGAGCACAGGUGGGUCUGAGGGACUGGCCACCUCACAGGGAUGUGGUAAGCCAUGACAGACCAUGGGAGCACGUGCCUGUGCAACUGUGGAGAAGGACAUCUGCCUUGUAAGCGUGGUCCUGCCUGGCUUUCUGCCUGCAGAAAUCCUCAGAAAAAAUGGAGGCCAGAUGCAAACCCCGCCUGGAUUUGGGACACCAUUGCUGCCAACAACCCAGGGAGGCGGCCUGGGCCCUGCCUGCCCUACAGAAGGCACCUGGGACCCGUCACCCUCACACCAUGUUCUCAGACUGGGAAAAUAGUGCCCUGGGCACGGUGUGCUGAAACUGCCCCCCACCCCCACCCCCCAAAUUGGUGUUGUUUCAUCCAGUUCCCCAAGUUCUCGUGCCCUGGGCCACUGUGGAGGCCUCUGUCUGCAGCAGGACCAUCAUGGCCCCCUCUGCCUCUUCAGUCUGUGUGUGUGGCCCCGUGGGUGGCAGCGCUCACAUCCCACAGAGACCGCUGGUGGCAAAGGCAUUAUCGGCCAGACCUCCUCAGAGCAGCCCAGCAGAUGUGAUAGGAGAUGAUGAUGAUGAUGAUGAUGAUGAUGAUGAUGAUGAUGAUCCUGGAGAAACAAGGACUCUGCUUCUGCGGGGGACACCUGGUGAAAGUUGUGGGGGUCACCUUCUCAGAACCUUGAGUGGAGACUUGAGCAAACCCACGGUUCCACACUGUUGCGCUCCCCACUUCUGGUCCUCUUUUCUGCCUGCCCUGCCUCAGAGGACCCUAGCCACACCCAAUCUGCAGGGCGGGGAUGGGGGAGGGGCUGCCGGUAAAACAGCAGGAACCGGAACCGAAGCCAGGCCCGCCCUGUUUCUCCUGGAGCCCACGACGCCGGGGCUGGGCUGCAUUGGCUUCAGGUGUUGGGCCUCCUUAGCAAGACGAUGUUCUGGUCGCUCUUCUGCAGAUCCUUGGAGUGUCCAUCUACUCCCGCCCUGCAGAGACCCAGACAUUUCCUCCCCUUCUCCUAAGAGCUGAGGCCUAGGAACAUAAGGCCCCAGGACUGGAUAUAUAUGUGUAUGUGUGUACGUGUGUGUGCGUGUGUGUGCGCGCGUAUGUAUUUGGGAUGGACUUGAGGUGUCCGACAGAGACCUCUCUUCAUUUUGAUGUGGAGGAUCAGCCCUUGUGACUCAGAGGGCCAGAGAUGGGCUUCCUGGGCCCAGAGUGCCUUGGUUGUGGUCAUUCUGCCUGUACCCCAGCCCUCACACAGUGUAGGGGGGUAGCACAGGGAAAACCCCGGAGACCAUGCCCAGCCGGGUCUAUCUGCAGUUUCUGGCUGUUGUCAUGUGACCGCCUUGUGGAUCUGGGACACCACUUUCUAACUUCCCGUGUCAGCUUUGAGAGGCUAAUGGCAUAGGGUGGCUUCUAGGAGCGCAGUAGGUGCUGAGCUGGGCUGUGGCAUUGUUGCUGCCGAAAGCAGGUGUGGUGGGUGUGGGGGGUCCCUUGCCCUGGUCCAGUGCAGGGCUGGUGACAGCCCUGCUUGCAUUUCAUCUGGGGAAGAGAAUGGAAUAUGUGGUCGGGACCUAGACUGAAGAGAGCCCUGGGUGCUUGGGGUGUGGCGCUCUUCAUGCUCAGUUCCAAAGCGUCGUCCCUCCCAAAGUCGGUGUGUGAGGCAGAGAAAGCCACACUCUGAACACAUUUCACGUCUCAGGAAUUCACAUUCCAGAUUCAGGAAUUUUAUUCCAAAGUCCUUUGGUGCACCUGCAUCCACGCUUCUGAAGACAGAGGGAGGCAGCAGUGUGCCUCAAAGGCCAGCCGAGGCCUCUGUCUCCUUGUGCUCUCCCCCAGAGUCACAGGAGGAGCCUUUCCAACUCCGCCACUGCCUGCCUGCACCUAGGAAGGGUAAAAAGGACUCUAAGCCCCAUCAUCUUGGAAUAAAAGAAAGAGCUGGUUUGUCAUAGAGCGGGUUGGGGGUGGGUGGGGGAGGGGAAAGCGGGCGUAGGCUAUUUCCAAAGAGCACUUAAUUUAAUUUUUCCUCUGAAUGACCCAGGGCUGUUCCAUCGGACGGAUGGAAGGGUAACGUUGCCUUAAAACAGAAAUAUGCAGGCGUUGGCUAUUUUUGGCAAAUGAACGUGUCUUCAUUCCCAAAGUGGUUCUCCUUUAAUGGCAGGGUGUGGUCCUUCAGCAUGGGACCAAGGCACCCCUCAUGGACCCCCCCAUAUCAUCUGGGGCUUCAGUUCAUCUCAUCAGGGGGUGGGAGGAAGGGAGGAACAUGGCUAGGCUCAUUUCCAGUGGGUUCUCAUUAGGUUCCCAUCUCGUCAUAAACAAGGAAUACCUUCUAAGAUGCAGAGGCUUCCCAGCCUGGGUCUGUUGUGGGGUCUUUGAUUUUUUGUGGUUAUGGCCAUAUUUUCUGGUUUCAGUUUGACUGAGGAACCCAUAGGGUGCCCAGAAAUAAUACGAAAAGUUAAAUCUUUUUUUUUUUUUUUUUUUAAGGGGCGGGAGGCAGAGAUCCCACAAUGAAAGUGCCUGAGUGAGGGGAGAGUUCCCUACAGCAGUGUCUAAAAGGAAUUCUGGACUUCAGCCAUCAGGGGGCUGGAGUGUAGCCCAUGUCCCAAAUGAGAAAGUCCCUCUUUGCAUCAGCCAUAUUAGGGGGUCAGUGUCUGUUCCCCAGAUGCCUACUGAAUCCUACAGCCAUACAGAAAACAGCCCUUUCCAAAGAGGGCCCUUGGUUCUCUCUUGAUGGGUGCUACGUAGGGAUGGACAAUGAUGCCCUUGAUGGGAGUGUGGUCCUGGAGGUGCCCUACCUGUGUCCUGCUGUGCCCCCUACCCACAGGACCUGAGCUUCAAGGUCCCCACCUCCAGCUCAUCCCAUCUCAACUUUGUUCUGAGGCCAGCAUUGGGACAGGCUCAGGAUUCACCAGAGUGCAGCCUCCAGGUGCAAAAACCUGCACCCUGGUGAAGGGUGAUUUAGAUGUGGGGAAGAGGGAAGGAGACAUCCUGUGGUUCUAAGAGAAAUGGGGCAGAACAGAGGGGUUACCGUUUCAGACUUCUUCCUCCCAGCCUCAUUCUGUCCAGGAGGCCGGCCCUUUUCUUGCCAGAAGCAGGUGCUACAUACGAUGUGCACAGGGUGACAGCAUUUCCUAGAGGCUUCAUCUGGGAUCCCCACCAAGCAGGGGCACCGUCCACGUAAGACAAAUCUGAGCAAUAGCUUGGCCUCGUUUCUCAGCUCCCGGUUGUGGCUUUGUUUACAAGGCUACCUAUUUGGACUUCUGACAGGUGUUACUGAUUGCACACACCCCUUCCCCCACACACACAUACACACACUUUACAAAAGGUCAUUAGGUCAGAGACAGUGCUGGAAGGUUUAUGUAUAGCCAUGUUGUGAUCAGUAAGAAAUGCUUUGUAGGUCACCCACAUUUUUUUUUUGCUGUCCAGAGUUUUCCAUAUGUGAGUCCUGGUGGCCGUAUCUUUCAAAGUGAAAAUCCAGAUGUGGACUCACUGUUUUGAAAUCAGGAUGGCACUAGAAAGAGCCAGGCCCUAUGACUAAUUUUCCUGAUUCUGAGUCUUCGAAGGUUUGUCCUGGACACAUUCCAGAGAAUUUUGUACCCAAACAUGAAUGCUCAAUCCAGCUAACUACUGAUACAGGCCUGAGCACUGGUGAGGGAGAGGCCCUUCCUCUUGCUGGCUAAUUGACCUCCAGCGAAAGGAGCAGAACUGGCCUGGAGGCCCCAGUCCACCAGGGGAAGGAGGCUGGCUUGUUUUCUGUUGACUCCCUACCGGGUUAGUGGACUUGUCUUGGAACUCUCUAGCUCAGCCUCAAUCCCCCACUCCCCCACCCCCCCAAUCUCACACAGCUUUAAAAACUUAACUACUUUUAUUUAGAAACAAACAGGAUGGCAAAGAAGACACCUCCCCCACAUCCCUGGGGGUGGGCAGGAAACAGGUCAGGCGUGAGGGUGGGGUUUCUCCCAGCUGUUUCCCCAGGACACCUACUGUGGGUCUGCUGCCUGUACUCAUUAGCAAGGUCAGCCUGUGAGCCAGGCUGCCCUUCUCAGAACUGAGAGCCUCGACUUGGGAGUGUCUCUUCCCCAGGAGAAGCUAGGGCCUCUUGAGUUACGAGAACUACCCUGGUAUGUGAGUGGAAGGAUUUCUCUGUCCCCCAUUGCACACUGGUGAGGCCCGGGGUGCCUAGUGCAGGGGAACCCCAGGGCCAGUAACACAAGCCUCCUUGCAUUGUGGGGUCGGAGCUCCUGGCCUUCCAUGGUGACUGGAGAUCCCUGUUGUGGUUUCAUUGGUUAGGCCCAGGUGACUGCUUCUCAUCCAAAGCCAUCGGUGGAACUUCUGUGGGAUCCUUUGCCAAAACCCCAAGGCAAAAUCCAAGGGUCCAAGGCCAUUUCCAUCAAGUUCCAGAUUUUCUUUCCUAUAGGAACUUUUUUUUUUUUUUUUAAACAAAACCCUAGCUCCCAACAUGCUUCCAAAGGCCAUGUUCUGUCUUUCCUGGAUCACUACAGUGAAGUAUUACAGUUGUACAGUUCCCAAUCUGGCCUUGGCUUGCUCGGAUAAAACUUUGUUAUGUAUUUUGUAAGGCAUAGAUUCUAUAUUGUAAUGUCCUAUGCAAAAGAAAAAAAUUAAUGAAAUUGUAAAUUUUAUUGUUUUAACAUGUAUGCAUGUUUAGUGACGUUUACAUUUUGAAAUAAAAUUUAUGAUUCAUUAUUUUA